UAAGCUAACCAUACAAACAAACAGAGACUGGGCGGGGCUUAACAAUCCCGUCAGAUCGUCACUAUACGGCUCGCUUGGGCGCUCAAAGGGCGAUGGUUUUUGGCUCCUACAAGUUGACAUUUAAACAUUUAAAACGGUGAGUUUAGUAACUUGUCAUCGCGGAUUGAAGCUAAUUGAGGCUUAAAAACAAACCUGUAGCUCGCGUUUGUUUAUCUCUCUCGCGUCUGCCGCGCUUCCGGGUUUCGCGCUAAUAUAAGAUCCUAAUUGGGCGGCCGCGGUCACAUGAUCGGACGCACGCAAAGGGACGCAAACAGAGAGCAGGAGCGAGGCAAGAGAGUUUGUUGCUAAGGCGGUUUUGUCACCCGCGUUACACCAUCAUCACAUUCUGGAAUCUAAAAUAGUUUUGGAGCCUGAGAAGCUGUCGCCGUAGCAACGUGAUGUUCUAAUGCCGCCCCUGGAUCUCCAUGGUGAUAGAACUCUGCUUGAUGACAUCAUCAGAGAAGCACGACGCUGCUUUAAAGUAAACUUUGAGUGACACAGUGAAAUAAACACUAAAGUGACAGAAUACUUUUAUUAAUACUUUUACUACUGCUACUUCAAAGCAGCGCUCUGCUUUAUGACAUCAUCAGUAAAGGACAAGCACAAAGCACAAAGCAACUUACUGUUUUGAAGAAGAUUAUAAGUGUAACACAAAACAAACAUUACAGACACAGAAUACUGCCACUUCUACUGCGUGUACUACGACUACUGCGUGUACUACGACUACUGCGUGUACUGCUACUAGAGCUACUACUGCACGUUUACACUAGAGCUUUUCUCUCUCUACUGCAUAUUUGAACAGAAAAAAUGCCCUGGUUUUUUUUUAGAAAAUCCCGACCUAAGGUCAAACGCCAAAUCUUAGAGGCUGAGAACCAGGAACUGCACGAGAGGAUCCAGAACUUAGAACAUAAGAACCAGCAACAAAACGAGAGGAACCGAAACUUAGAAAAUCAGAACGAGCAACAAAACGAGAGGAUCCAAAACUUAGAAAAUCAGAACGAGCAACAAAACGAGAGGAUCCAAAACUUAGAAAAUCAGAACGAGCAACAAAACGAGAGGAUCCAAAACUUAGAACAUAAGAACCAGCAACAAAACGAGAGGAACCGAAACUUAGAAAAUCAGAAUCAGCAACAAAACGAGAGGAUCCAAAACUUAGAAAAUCAGAACGAGCAACAAAACGAGAGGAUCCAAAACUUAGAACAUAAGAACCAGCAACAAAACGAGAGGAACCGAAACUUAGAAAAUCAGAAUCAGCAACAAAACGAGAGGAUCCAAAACUUAGAAAAUCAGAACGAGCAACAAAACGAGAGGAUCCAGAACUUAGAACAUAAGAACCAGCAACAAAACGAGAGGAACCGAAACUUAGAAAAUCAGAACGAGCAACAAAACGAGAGGAUCCAAAACUUAGAAAAUCAGAACGAGCAACAAAACGAGAGGAACCGAAACUUAGAAAAUCAGAACGAGCAACAAAACGAGAGGAACCGAAACUUAGAAAAUCAGAACGAGCAACAAAACGAGAGGAUCCAAAACUUAGAACAUAAGAACGAGCAACAAAACGAGAGGAACCGGAACUUAGAAAAUCAGAAUCAGCAACAAAACGAGAGGAUCGACACCUUAAUCGAUCAUAACCUCAAACUGCACGGAAGGAUCCAAACCUUAAACAAUCAGAACCAGGAACUGCAUAAGUGGACCCGAAACACUGAAAAUCAGAACCAGCAACUAAACGAGAAGAUCCACUGCUUAAAAGAUUCUACACUCGACCUGCACCAGAGCAUCCAUGACUUAGACCUUGAGAACCGAAACUUAGAAAAUCUGAACCAGCAACAAAACGAGACGAUCCAAAUCUUAGAAAAUCAGACCCAGCAACAAAACGAGAGGAUCGGCACCUUAAUAGAUUGUAAAUUUGAACUGGGCCAGAGGAUCCAAAACUUAAACAAUCAGAACAAAGAUCUGUGCGAAAGGAUCGAAAUGUCCUCGGUUAAGAACCAGAAGCUACAGGAGGUGAACCGAAGCCUUUUACACAUCAUCGACUUACACUUCGAAGAACAGACCGACAGGAUCUGCUUGCAGCAGGAGUCGCUGGAGAAAGUUCAGAUGAGGUGUGAUGAAGCAGAAGGUGAAGUCAGCCCACACCUACGAGAUCUGAAGGAGGAAGGUCAACAACAUGCUCAGCUGAAAGACUCCCAUUCAGAGCUCCUCAAAGCUGCCACCGAGCUCAACCAAGAGAAGGUGAAUUUGAAGGAGGAGCUCGAAACGUUGAGGACAGGAGUCGGUUCCUCAGGCCCUCGGGAAUUUUUAUUUAAAUCUUAUAAGAAGAGCAUGUCUGAAGAUCUGAAAAGUGUGGAGAACAGGUUAUCGGAGGAGUGUAGAGAGACAGAGAGACAACAACAGAGGAACACAGAACUGUCGGAGGAGAUGGAGAUUCUCUGUGAUGAACAUGAAAAGAUCAAACAGGAGAAAACACGUCUGCAAGAGCAAAUCCAGCAGAUUUCCCCGGAGGAGAGACCAGAGACCCGAGCGACCCGACUCACACUCACUCUGAUACUGACUCCGAGUCCUGACCCGAGUCCUGAUCCUGGGUCCUGGACUGUCCCCGUGUCCCCGGGCCCCGGGGUGCACGUGAGGAACUGUCAGUCUCUAAGAGCCAGAGGAGAAGAAGAGCCGAAGGAGGAAAAGAGCCGAAGGAGGAAAAGAGCCGGAGGAGGAAAAGAGCCGGAGGAGGAAAAGAGCCGGAGGAGGAAAGAGCCGCAAGAGGAGGAAGGAGCCGGAGGAGGAAAGAGCCGGAGGAGGAAAAGAGCCGAAGGCGGAAAAGAGCCGGAGGAGGAAAAGAGCCGGAGGAGGAAAGAGCCGGAGGAGGAAAGAGCCGCAAGAGGAGGGGAGCCGGAGGAGGAAAGAGCCGGAGGAGGAAAGAGCCGCAGGAGGAGUGUUGGAGGAGCGCGGGUGUGUGGACUUUUUCUCGGGAGUGUGAAGUUGUUUUCUUCGGGGGAUUCGCGCCUGUGA